AUGGCUUCCUCCGCCCUGUCUGUCUGCUCCAGUGACCUGAGCUACGGCAGCCGGGUGGACGACUGUCCAGAGAGCUGCUGCGAGCCCCCCUGCUGUGCCCCCAGCUGCUGCGCCCCGGCCCCCCGCCUGACCCUCCUCUGCGCCCCAGUGAGCUGUGAAUUGAGCCCCUGCUGCCAGCCAGCCUGCAGCAGCUCCUGCCCGGCCUUGUGCUGCCAGCAGUCUAGCUGCCAGCCCUCCUGCUGCACCUCGUCCCCCUGCCAGCAGGCCUGCUGUGAACCUGUCUGCUGUGAGCCCGUCUGCUGCAGGCCCGUCUGCUGCACGCCCAUCUGCUGCACGCCCGUCUGCUGCAGGCCUGUCUGCUGUGAGGCCUCCCCCUGCUCAACCUCCUCAUGCUGCCAGCAAUCCUCCUCCGUGUCCCUCCUCUGCCGGCCCGUGUGCCGCCCUGCCUGCUGUGUGCCCACCUCCUCCUGCCAGUCCAGCUCCUGCCACCCGGCCUCCUCUCCCAGCUCCUGCCACCCGGCCUCCUCCGUGUCCCUGCUCUGCCGGCCCGCGUGCCCCCGCCCCGCCUGCUGCGUCCCCGCCUCAGCCAAGGAGCCCUGCUGCUGA